GCUUCUCCUUGUGUGUGAACGCGUCUCGAGUGCGUUGAAGUUCCCUGGCGCGUGUGAUGAUGUUACGUGGAUUAUCACUUCGAUAUAUUUGAAGUUUUCUGCUAACUUCUGUCUUACUGUGUGUCUGAGGGAUCGAGUAUAAUGCGAAAUUGAAGUUACCAAGCUGUUGCUAGUGUCAUCGAUUGAUUAUACAUAAUUUUCGUUUAGUGGGUUCAUAACUGACGUCGUUUUAUGAUUACACUUGGUCUGGUUGACAUAAUUAUCGUGAUCUUGUCAAAACCAUGUUAGGAAUAACUAAGGAAAAUGUGUUGUGAUAUAGCGGAAAAUAUAGAAACAAAAUAGCAAAGGAAUUGGUUGUUCUGUUUAGAAGUUAUAGAAAAUUAGAGGAGAUAUAUUAGUAGGCACAGUUUUGUAUGAUGGUACUAAUUGAAAGCUUGUAGAAAAUUGAACGAACUAUAGUAGGCACAGUUGGCCUGCUAAUUGAAAGCUCUAGGUAAACAGGUUGAGCCUACCGUGAUUUUACUCCCAAAAUAUUGCUCUGAGGCUUUUGUAGUGAAGAAUAUCGAAGGUGUCGAUUUCUAUAAGGAAUAAGUUUUUAAGGAAUAAGUUUUAAUGUUUUAACAUUCGGAGGACUUGCCCAUAGCUAUGGAACAAGAGGAAAGUACGAGCCUCGCCAUGAUGGUUUAGAAGAGGGUACCCAAUGAUGCGUGUUUUGGCCGUGACCUUGGGCAGGUCACUGAGACCAAGGCACAACAAUGACCAGGACAAUCAGAGGUCAUCCUCCACCAACCGGAAGGAGGCUGCUUCCCACAGCCUCCUCAUCUCGUCGACGGCGACAGAGAAACCUCUCAACAAAUGUCGAGAGCGAGACGCAAAAGACGUCAGGAAAGACGUCAGAAAAGACGUGCCCCGCAUUGCCCAGCCUCAGUAUGCCCACCGCCCAUCGAUGUCUCAAGUUCCAUCUGACAGGGAGAAGAGAGGUCCUACCACCACCAACUCGACGUUUAACAAAGACAGUAGGGAUUCUACGAGGUCUACGAAGUCCCUCAUUUCCUCGAAGGGUGGGAAGGAGUAUUCUGGGAGCGUCGUGCGUGCAAAAGGGUCCUGCGGUGAACCUAAAAUGAUCAGCAAACCCGUAGAAUCCUUUGGGAUUCUCCUACCCAACCAGGGCAAUGAAGCCAAAUCGGCGCGGGUGGCCAGAAUACCCAGGGAGACCAUGUGUGCCCAUAGGAGCAAAUUAGUCCGGAAUUCCUCCCUGAGCAAGUGGAGAGCCAAGUUCCGAAGGCAGCCAUCGAACUCCGACGCCGCCGUCGAGACAGACACGGAGCAGUUGCUGGACGACUCUGAGGAAGGCGAGAAACCGAAGCGAUUGACCAACCACAAAGAUAUUCUGGUCAGCCACAAACUUAACGAGAGGAACGUCAUCGACUAUCGAUCAGAACCCUCCUCCAGCAGCACCUGCAGCAGCAGUGGCAGCAGUAGUAAGAACAGCAGCAGUUAUGGCAGCGUCAUCCACCAGACGAAGAGCUUUCAAAACCCCGAACCAAAGAAGUCGAGCCCUUCCUCCCUCAUCGGAAGAGACGUGGGUGGAUGGGUGUCCAAAGUUAAACAUGACGAAGGCUCCUGGUCCAUCGUUCCCCCUCCCCCAAGGUGCCUCACGCCCCACCGAGCAUACCCUCACAGAGAACUCGCCCCUUGGGUGGACCCGGCGCAUAAAAUUAAUAACGAAAACCCCUAUUACUUGAACAUGGGCGGCAGGCCGACUGUGCUCUCGAGUAGCAACAACCAUAUCAAUACUAGCAUCAGCAACAACAACAACAACAACAGCAACAGCAACGCCAGAGCCUCGGCCGCCAUCAAUGGUGGUCCGGCGUCUUUGCCCUACCUGCGACCUCACCCUCAAACGCCCACCUGUUCACUGACGACGCGCUCCGAGUCCCUCCUCGGCUCCUGGCCUCGGCCUUCCAGAGCCAAUGGCGCGGUGGCAGGUGCGGCGAGGGACAAUGCAGGCAGAACUCAGGGGAUUCCCGGGGCACAGUGUGUGGCACAAGGCAACAACAACAACAACAACAACAACAACAAAAAGCAACGGCAGCAAGCUUAACACGACCAGCAAUAGCUCCGGAGUGCAUCCGUCCCAGACUAAUGGCUCUUAUUCUCAUUUUGGUACAUUCCCACGAAGACGCCCUGUCCAUAAAGAUUUUCUUGCAGGUACGCUGAUCGGUCCUUUGCUCUCCCAAGACCAUGCGUGCGGGACGAGCGAGGCGGCGCAAUUGGAGCAGCGGCUGAGGUCUUUAGGGUGUGAGCUCGUCACACUCCGCUCCCGCCUUCCUCCUUCGCUUCACCACUCCGCGCCCGCAGCCCCCCAACACACGCCCACCAACAAUACCAACGCCACCUCUUCCACCACCACCACUGCUGCUGCCACUGCCACAACCGCCACCACAACCGCCCCCGCCAACGGCAACAACCCCUCUUCUCACAACACCCCAAGCUCCAUCAAUACCAACUCGACUGCCUCCACCAACAACUCCACCACCAACAACAACAAAAACAGCUCCCACGGCACAUACAGUAAUAGCAAUUCCCCUCAACUACCGCCCAAUUACCCUCUCGGCAGCAGGACGCCCACGCCCGGCAGUUCUGACGCCCAGAUCACACCCAACAACUCCACGCUCGCCGACCCUCACAACGCUUCUCAGUCGUUUUUGGCGGAUGGUGUUGUUGUGCGUGGCGGCGGCAUGGCAGGUGGUGCUCAGGAGUUGGAAGACUUGAUCCACCUGGCUGGACCCCUCACCGAAGACGCUGUUCUGAAGACUCUGCAUGCCCGCUUCUGCCAAGGGCACUACUUUACGAAUGUGGGCCCCAUACUUCUGUCGGUGAACCCCUACCACGAGCUUGGCAAUGCUCUCACUCUCACGUCUACAAGGGCGGCGCCCCAGAGUCCUCACCUCCUACGGGUCGUCCACGAGGCAGUGCGGCAGCAGAGCGAGACGGGUUAUCCCCAAGCCAUCAUACUCUCAGGUGCUUCAGGGUCAGGCAAGACCUACACAUCGAUGCUGUUGCUACGACAGCUGUUUGACGUAGCAGGAGGCGGCCCUGAAACAGAUGCUUUCAAGCACUUGGCUGCAGCCUUCACAGUCCUCCGAUCCCUUGGUUCUGCUAAGACCGGCUCUAAUUCAGAAUCUAGUCGUAUUGGUCAUUUCAUCGAGGUGCAAGUAACAGAUGGUGCAUUAUACAGAACUAAGAUCCACUGCUACUUCCUUGACCAGACGCGGGUCGUCCGGCCUUUACCAGAUGAAAAGAAUUACCAUAUAUUUUAUCAGAUGUUGGCUGGACUAACUCAAGAUGAACGUGCCAAGCUCCAUUUAGAAGGCCAUAAUGUAAGAACGUUGAGAUACCUGAGUGAAGGGGAUGUACGCCAAGAUGAGGCUGAAGAUGCAAGAAGAUUCGAGUCAUGGAAAGCAUGUCUAGGGGUGCUGGGAAUUCCAUUCCUAGAUGUUGUGCGAGUCCUUGCAGCUGUUUUACUCCUCGGAAAUGUUACCUUUAUUGAAGGUCAAGGUUUAGAGGUUGACAUUCAAGGGGGUAGUCAUGAGCUGAAGAGUGUUGCAGCAUUAUUAGGGGUAUCAUCUGCUUCCCUCUACCGUGGCCUUACCACUCGUACUCACAAUGUCCGAGGUCAACUCGUUAAGUCCAUGUGUGAUGCCAAUAUGUCGAAUAUGACUCGUGACGCCCUGGCUAAAGCACUGUACUGUAGAACGGUAGCAACUAUAGUUCGGCGAGCCAAUUCCCUCAAGAGACUUGGCUCCACCUCUGGAACACUGUCAUCUGAUAGCAAUGAAAGUGUUCACCAUCAAGCAGAAGUUGCAUCUCAACAUGCCUCUACAGUUGGCACAGCUGGUUCUAAAGCUUCCAAGUCAAUGAGUGUCUUGAAUAAUGCAGUCAAACAUGCAACAGAUGGUUUUAUAGGCAUUCUGGAUAUGUUUGGCUUUGAAGAUCCCAAGCCAUCCCACCUUGAACAUCUCUGCAUCAAUUUGUGUGCAGAGACAAUGCAACAUUUCUACAAUACUCAUAUUUUCAAGUCAUCAAUUGAGUCCUGUAGAGAAGAGGGUAUUACAUGUGAAGUAGAAGUGGAUUAUGUAGACAAUGUACCAUGCAUUGAUCUUAUAUCAUCUCUGCGUACGGGUUUACUAAGUAUGUUGGACGUUGAGGGAUCUGUUAGAGGAACUCCGGAGAGUUACAUACAAAAAGUGAAGGUUCAACAUAAAGGCAAUGCCAGAUUAUAUGAGCCCAAGGCUAAUCACAGCAGAUCAUUUGGCAUUCAUCACUUCGCCAGCAGAGUAGUAUAUGACGCUUCAGAUUUUCUUGACACAAACAGAGAUAUCAUAAGUGAUGAUCUGGUAUGUGCGUUCCAUAAACAGUCAUGUAACUUUGGAUUUGCAACACAUCUGUUUGGUUCUGAGUUAAAAGCCCUUUUCUCACAAGAGCCUGUCCCAAGAGGUGUCUCCUUUCGUAUUAGUCCUACUUCACACACAGAUCUGCAAAAUGGUGAUGAACCUGUUUCUACACUUACUCAAGAUUUUCACACUCGUCUUGAUAAUCUAUUGAGGACUUUGGUGCAUGCUAAACCCCAUUUCAUCAGAUGUAUUCGCUCAAAUGGUUCUGAAAAAACUAAUGUGUUUGAUAGAGCUACAGUGAUAAAACAGAUUCGUGCACUGCAGGUCUUGGAAACUGUCAACUUAAUGGCUGGUGGUUAUCCACAUCGAAUGCGUUUCAAAACAUUCAACAUGCGCUACCGUCUAUUAGCUCCUUUCAAGAAAUUGCGUCGCAUUGAAGAUAAGACAGUGGAUGAUUGUAAGCUUAUACUUGAAUAUUUUGUGAGAUCCCUUGAGGACAUCAGCAAGUCAUCUACUGUUGCUAUCCAAUGGGCAUUGGGAAAGCGACAUAUAUUCUUAAGUGAGGGUGCUAGGCAGCAGUUAGAAAUGUUACGAAUUGAGACAAGACACAGGGCAGCCACUUUGAUUCAAGCUGUAUGGCGUGGUUGGCACUUUAGACGGCGGUGGCCCACCCUUAAGCGCAAUUUGGAGUUGAGGGCUCGCUCACGUACUGUUCGCCCUCGGCCUCAGCCUAUAGCUGGCACUCCGCCCCCUGAUGUUAUGGAUCGCUGUGACCAGAAAACGAUUCAGCAAACCUGCUCACUCUUUGGUUUAGAUUUGGAACGUCCUCCUCCAGUCCCUCCAAGCAGAUCUUACACCAUAACUGGAAAUCACAAAAUGGGUUAUCCUCAAACAAGACUUAUGAAAAUGAAUUUUCCAGAAGAUGGUGGAGGAGAAACUGUUCUCAUGAAGGGAGAAUCGGUGGUGGUCAUAGGAGCUUCCCCUCGUCGUGGUCAUUUACUUGUCGAUCACCAAGGACAUUCCGUUCAUGUACCUUUUCAGUACAUGGAGCUCAAACCCUCUGCUCAGCCAGGGGUCAAUAUAUGAGCUGUGCUGUGAGAGUGAAGAACUUGACUGCCAUAAAUGAAGUGGUUGUUGAAGUUGUGUGAAGAGGCAUUAGAUAAUUGUUAAGUGUUGAUGUCUGCUGGAUGUGAAACACUGGUACUAGAGUUAGUAAACAAAACUGUUAAUGCCUUAUUAUCAAUGGUUCCAUGCAAACUUUUAACUAAACUCAGGCAAUUUUGGUCCGUGUUGGGGUGUGGAUGAUAUUGUGGGCUGAACUGUGAAAAAGUAUUGGAACUGGAAUGAUAACUUGUGCUGUUGAAGCUGCUUUGGGAACUGUUCAUGAAAAAGACAGCCAGUGUAUCAAAGCAAAUUACCAUGACUUGCACCCACAAUCAGUGUUCCACACAGUUUGAGCAAAUUAUGUAAAUAGUAUCAUGUACUGUAUGUGCCAAUAAUUGUUAGGUAUUUUAUAAGUUUAUUGAUAUACCUCGUUAAUUUUGUAUGCAAAGGAGCUCUGUGAAUCUUAACUCCUAUAUAGUGAAGACUGUAUGAACUAGUAACUGAUAUUCAAGAUAAAUGCAUUUGAACCUAAGUUGACCUUGGUGCUACAUGCUUUUAGAACCAGUGUUGUCGUCUGCUGCUCUCUGUGACUUCACCAACUCUCCUAUCCUUGAUCAUCUGUCCUGUUUCAGUCUGUACAGAAGUGACAUACAGUAUUAUGAUUUUCAGUUCUUCAUUCUUUUUCAUUGUUUCUAUCUCAUCACCAUAUUUAACUAAUUUUAAUGAAUUUGGUACUUUACUUAUUUAAAAUCUGUACUUAGUUUCUAAAUGCAAACCAAAGCAUUUUUUUAACUUUUUAUAACUAGAUAUUUAUAAAACGUCAUGUAAAGUAUUAAAUUAUUUUGGUUAUCACAGUAGAAUCAUGUAUACUAGAGUUUUUUUUUACUUUAGAUACUAAAAUUAUACAUUUGGUUUAUGGAGAAUUAAAUUUCCCACUAGUAUCAUCAUACAUUAUUACGGCCUCUGACUCUCAUCUCUUUGUUCUUUGUCUUUUCACACUUCUUCCAGUUGUAAUUUUCUGGAAGCUUCCACAUGAGGCCACAAAUACAAGAGGAAGUGCUCAAUGGUGUAUAUACCAGUGUAGAUAAUGUAUAUGUGGACUGUUUACUAAUACAUGGCAUACUCAUUAGUUGUUUGUAAAAUACUUCAUAAUAAUAAAAAAUUUAUUUUGACAUACCCUUUGUCACUAUGUAGGAACAAGACUCGCAUGAAGAAAAGCACGUAACUGAAUUCUGGGAGUAAUUUUCCUGGAAUAGAGCAAAAGAAAUAUGAGAAUUAAAAUGUAACUGGUUCUAAUUAUUUUGAUAUUUAAUAAAGCACGGCAGGUAUGAAGAGUGUAUAUACAUUUAUAUGAAAACAUGAAUAUUAACACAAACACAGUAUAUUCAUAAAUGACACACAUAUUUAUAUACACAUCUUUACAUAGUGUAAAAUAUUCUUCUGUUUACAUUUCAUUGGAUCGCUCAAGUGCCAAAUAGGCUUAAGAAAUUAUUCUUAAAUACAGAAAAUGACCAAGAAUUCUUUUCCUAUAACCUAUUAUGUUAAAAAGUUACUUAUUAAUUUCUUGUUUUCUAAAAGUAACCGGUAAAAUAUAAUAUCUCAGUUAAGCUGUUAUAAUAAAUAGUUUUUCAUGGUGUGAUAAUUAUUGAAUUAAUUUAUGGGGAACCUAUCAAGUACAGUACAGUAAUAAAUUAUUCUAUUUACUUCAUUGUGAAAAUUCCUAACUUCAACAAGGGUUUAAAAAAUUACAAGCCAUUUUUUAAAUAUUUGUUGAUACACUUUUAAAUUAAUAGUAGAAGAUAACUGCAUAUAUAUACUAUAGAUAAUUAUUCGUAUUUCCUCACAACAGUCUUGUUAGAUUAAAGGUCAUUGAUGUGCAAAAGAGAAUUUCUUUUAUUAAGAGUAACCUAAAUCAGGAAAAUAAUCUUACUUGGAAUAGGAUCAGUCCUAACAUUUAGGUUGUUUUUCUGAUGAGUUAAAACUUGUAUAAGUAUAGAUAUAUUUUGGAAAUCUGCAUCUCUUAAGUGCAAAUAUGUCCAAAAAUACAGUGUAAAUAAAAACUUAUAAAACCUG